UCUCGCCUCACUUCCUAUGCUCCUGAGUCCCUUGACUGACUUCCUCCCUUUCUCCCAAUUUUUUCUGUUUUUAGUCCACCACCAGCACCAGAGGAAGACAAUAGACGACACCCUCUCAAUUCAUGUCCAAACAAACACCAAACUCCAAAGCUAACAAGCGCCAUGUCCCUCUUCUUCUUACUCUCUCUCCCUCUCCUCCUCUCCUCUCCUCCUCCUCUUAACCCCUACCCCUACGACACCUCGUAUCGAAUAGAUUGCGGUGGCCAGACCAACUUCACCAACAACUUCAACGACUCAUGGCUCUCCGACCGCUUCUUCACCGGCGGCUCUCCCUCCCUCGUCGCCGAACCUCACCUCUUCCUCCAGCAGCAAGAGAAGACCAUUCGUUUCUUCCCCAUCUCCUUCGGCAAGAAGAACUGUUACAUCCUCAACGUCCCCAACGGCCGCUACCACUUCCGCAUGUUCUUCGUCUACGAUAAUUACGACGGCAAGCUGCAUUCCCCCAGCUUCGACGUCUCCGUCGAAGGCACCCUCGUGUUCAGCUGGCGCUCUCCAUGGAAAGAGGAUUUUAGCCGCACCGGAGCUUAUUCUGAUCUAUUUGCCUUCGUUAAGGACGGAGAGGCCGAUAUCUGCUUUUACAGCAUUGCCACUGAUCCUCCCGUCAUCGGAUCGCUUGAGAUUAUUCAGGUCGAUCCGUUGUCCUACGAUUCUUCCACCACCGGCGAUCAUCUUAUACUGAUCAAUUACGGGCGGUUGACUUGUGGUUCUGGUUCGCUGGGUUCGGGGCUAACCAAUGACACGGAUUUGUUCGGGCGUGGUUGGCAAACCGAUGUGGAUUUCCUCAAGGGGAAUGGGGUUUCAAUUAAGGCUAUUGCGACCAGGAACAAUAUACGUGCGACGAACCAGGAACAUAAUUACUUUCCAAUGCAUUUGUAUCAGACGGCGGUUACGGUUGUGGGUGAUGGAGCAUUGGAGUACGAGUUACCGGUGGACGCGAAAAUGGAUUACUUGGUUUGGUUCCAUUUUGCAGAAAUUGAUUCGAGUAUCACUGCGGCUGGGCAGCGUGUGAUUGAUGUGCAUAUCAAUGGAAGGAAUGUGAGUAGGAUUGAUAUCUUUAAGCAGGUUGGUAGUUUCACGGCUUUCAAUUGGCAUUAUGUUGUGAAGAACUUGAACAGCACAACUUUGAGUGUGAAGCUUGUUCCGGUAGCUGGUAGUCCGUUGAUUAGUGGUCUUGAGAAUUAUGCCCUGGUUCCAAGGGAUCUGGCUACUGUUACUGAGCAAGUGACUGCUAUGCGGGCAUUGAAAGAAUCGCUAAGAGUUCCUGAUAGAAUGGGUUGGAAUGGGGAUCCAUGUGCUCCUCCUACUUGGGAUGCUUGGGAAGGUGUUACUUGCCACCCAAACAAGGAUAAGUCUGCCCUGGUGGUAUCUCAAAUAGAUCUUGGGAGUCAAGGCCUGAAAGGAUACAUAAGUGAGCAGAUUGGCCUUUUGUCAAACUUGGUAAGCCUGAACUUAAGUUAUAAUUCUUUGCAUGGUACCAUACCCUCAGGACUUGGUCAAAAAUAUCUUACACGUCUGGAUUUGUCGAACAAUUUUUUAUCUGGAUCAAUACCAGAUAGUCUUAUAUCUUCAAGUCUGCAACUCGUGUUAUUAAAUGAUAAUGAAUUUGAAGGACAAGUACCAUAUGAACUUUACUCAAUUGGUGUACAUGGUGGAGCCAUCGAUCUCUCCCGUAACAAAGGCUUGUGUGGCGUACCUUCUCUACCACCAUGUCCUCUAUUUUGGGGAAAGGGAGGUUUAUCAACUGGUGGUAAAAUUGCAAUAGGUCUAUCAUGUUUGGUUAUUGUCAUAUUAUUCCUGGUGAUAUAUAUAUUCUGCAUCAGGAGGGGGAGAAAUGAUUACGACUUCUCUCUUCCUCAAGAUCUUAUUUCACUUGCAGCAAAGAGAAAUAGAUACCAAAGGCAGAAGUCUUUGAUGCUUGUGGAAAUGGGGGCGCAUAGUGCCAAUGGAUUUCCAUCUACCGUGAAUUCCCGUUAACAGACUUCCUGAUAGGAGAGGAUAUUGAAAUUGAAGCACAUAGUCACCUGCCCACCACGAGUUCCUAAGGACACCUUGAGUGCCAUGAUAUGCAUGCUAAGGUCAGGCAUCACAUAGUUCCCAUUACUGAGGAAGUUUGGUUGCUGAAAGGCGAGAUUUUAUAUGCUUUCACAGGAGUCAUGCUUCUCUUCAAAAUUUCUGCACCUCCACAGCAGGGGACUAGAAAGCGAAGUUGUAAAUCAAUGCAUCUCAGGUUAUUGGGGAAAUUCCCAAGCUGUGCAUUGGAUGCUCCCAUAUAUCAUACCCAAAUUUUGGCAAUCCAUAAACAUAUUGUGUUGAUUUGAAUCUCAAGAAAUACAAAAACACUGAAUGGUAUUCGCUUGUCUUGUAACUA